AUGACCCGCGCAGACUUGGACGCAGGGCAAGUCCAAACCGAACUCGGUCCCCUGCUAUGCGAAAUAUCUAGUGUCUUUGGGCCGGACAGCCCCUUGUGGGCGAAUGCGACUUCCCGAUAUCAGGAGUAUAAGCCCCCACGGGUACAGGUUGCCGUGCGAGUCGGGUGCGAGGACGACGUCGCAAAAAUCGUGAAUUAUGCCAAUGAGAACAGUCUGCCGUUCUACACGGUCAAUCGAGGCCAUGGAAUGACGAUCACGCAGGGACAGUUCCAGGGCCUGGAGAUCGACAUGCAACUGCUAACAGGGAUCGAGAUCAACUCUGAUGGCAAAUCGGCCCGGCUGCAGGGCGGGACAUACACCCAGGAGGUCAUCGAUGUGCUCUGGGAACAGGGCUAUGUAACAACAACGGGAAGCUGCGCGUGCGUCGGAAUGAUGGGUCUGGGUCUAGGCGGCGGGCAUGGACGCCUGCAAGGGUCUUAUGGCAUGGUCAGCGACAACUUCGUGAGCCUGAACGUGGUCCUCGCAAAUGGAACAGCUAUCGUGGUGUCCGAAACCUCCCAUCCAGAUUUAUUCUGGGCGAUGAAAGGUGCAGGUCAUAACUUCGGUGUGGUCACCAGUUUCGAAUUGCGCAUCUUUCCUCGCCAGGUCGACACCUGGUACUAUCGCAACUAUGUGUUUUCACAAAGCAACCUCGAGCCAUUGUUCGAAGAGCUCAAUCGCUUGCAAGGCAAUGGUACACAGCCGGUCAAGAUAGGGUGGCAGUUUGUCUUGUAUGAGAUGAUUGCCGAAUUCAGUCAAACGGAGCCAAUUGUAUUGUGGUCAUUCUCGUACGCCGGCUCCGAAGAGGAGGCCCAAGAGCUACUGGCCCCCUUCGAUGCUCUAGGCCCAUUGAACAUCACGGGCGGCAAUGUCCCUUACCCCGAGAUUGCCAAUGCCCAGAAGACCGGACUGAACGAUCCGGUCUGCGCUCACGGAUUUGAGCGCAUUGUCUCCACCGCCGGCUUGCAGAUAUAUAAUGUGACGGCCCAGCGGGCGAUCUAUGACGCCUUCGAUGACAUGAUUCAAACCUACCCUGCAUUCAAUGGCUCAGUUGUCCUUAUGGAAGGCUACCCCGUCGACGGAGUGCUGAAGGUCGACCCAGCCUUGUCGGCAUAUCCCUGGCGAGACGACUACCUGCUCACGUGGGCUUCGAUCACAUACCCGCCAAACUCGUCAUUGGAUGCCACGGCUAUCGAGUGGGCGAGUCGGUUCAGGACCCUCUGGAACCAGGGCCAACCCGCCCGGCGACCGACAACCUACGUCAACUAUGCAUUCGGGACCGAGUCGACGGAGUCGAUGUACGGAUACGAGUCAUGGCGGCUGGACAGAUUGCGGAGCCUGAAGAGAAAAUAUGACCCGGAGAACAGAUUCUCGUACUAUAAUCCGAUUCCUAUCUGA